CCUUAAUUUUACCUCCUCCUUUGGCGAUAGAGAGAAAAGAUGACUCCAAGUCACCGGCUUGUCAGAGUUCGCCGGUGUUCCUUCUUCCCGAUAAGACUCUGCCGGUGUUCUUCUUCUUCUUUUUAAUCGAAGUCUCAGACAUCUCGUACUCACUUCACGUCUCGGUCUCAAGUAAGUCGCCUAACACUGAAGCUCGUACCUCGCCGGGAAAUGAAUCUCGUGCCACGCUGCUCUGCAAUAUACACUCUCAGCUCUAUUUUCAAGAAAAAAAUCGAGACUUCCAGGCUUAUAUGACAAUGGAUCAGUUGCCUAAAUGCCUAUUCAAAGAGGGAACUGAAACACAAGUUGAGAAGGUUAACGACACUUGUCAAACUUCCAUACUUAAGAAUGUGGAAAAGUACAUUCCAAACGAGUGCAAGGAAGUGUUGAGUGAUCCUCAAUUUUCUCAAGUUAUGGUCAUUUAUGUACACAAGUUUAAGUAUUCGGGGAGAGUGAACCACAGCUUCGUUUAUAAGCAGCUUCUGACCAGAAAGCGCCAUGAGUUGUGGUUCCAUUAUGCUAGGAGGUCUCUCAGAUUUUCAAUGCAAGAAUUAUAUGCGAUCACUGGUCUGAAAUAUAAAGACGAGCCUGAACUGGAGAUAGAUAAUUGGAGAAAUGAUAAAGGGUUUUGGAAUAUAGCGAAGGAUGAGAAGGUGUGGAUCCCACAAAAGUACAUUAAGCUGGCAUGGAUUUCGAUAAGAUUAGGAAAUAUCUGUGGGUUCUUCACUCCUUUGAUGCGCUGGGGAGUUCCAUUAUCAAAGUUAGGGAUAAAGUGAAGACACAGAACAGUUGUGUCAUAGAUGGAUUCUCGUAUGCACUUCAGAUUUGAUUGAUGGAGGCUAUUCCAGACAUGGGAUCUCUUUUGGGUCGGAAACUCGGAGAAGGCGUCACUAGCAUAAGAUGCAGGAAUUGGAAAGGAUCUUCUAGGGUUUCCUAUGAAGAUAUUAUUGUUAUAGAGUCUAAUUUUGGAUCCAAUGAAGAUUUGUUUCCAUACAUCUCUUCGUCUGGAAAUUUUAAUGUCUUUUUUGAGAUGAUGAGUUUGAUCGAGCCUCUAAGAUGCAUGAUGAAAGAGUUGAUCUGAUCAUUGACAUGCAACCACAACAAGAAAAAAUAAUAACUUAUGACAAAAGUUUUGACGAAAUAAAUAUUCAUCGGAAAUUUCUGACGAAUUUACGAAGAAUAUGAAAAAUUACCAUUCGUCGGACUUUCAUUGGAAAUAUCAUGUGCGAUUGUCACAUCGUUUGGAAAUUGUUACAUUUGAACAUUUGUGACUGGUUGAUUAAGAGAUACUGCAAUGGUUUAAUAAAAAAAAUACCAAUGUUAACAUAUUAUAACA